GUCACCGCCUGCCGGCGCGGCUCUCGGUGCUGGGAGCUGUCCACAGAGGGAGGUGCUGAAGGCAGGGAGGAAGCAGAGGGACGCGGACAUCUUCGCUCCCCUAAUUUCCUCCCUGCCUUCUGCAGCCAUUUUGCACCGGCAAAGCUGAAGGGAGGUGAGGGAGGGAGUGGGCUGCAGAGGAUGAAGGCAAGAGGGUAAAGAGUUACGGAGAGCAAAGUGGCAGCUGUGGGAGAUCCCAACUGGUACGUCUGCUAAGGCUGGCUCACAGCAGCAGCUGUCAUCGGCAUCAUGGUGAAAAGGAAAAGCUCAGAGGGCCAGGAGCAGGAGAGCAGCCGUGGCAUCCCUCUGCCCAUCCAGACCUUCCUGUGGAGGCAAACCAGUGCAUUUUUAAGACCUAAACUGGGGAAACAAUAUGAAGCUUCAUGUGUGUCUUUUGAAAGAGUUUUAGUAGAGAACAAGUUGCAUGGCCUUUCUCCAGCUCUCUCUGAAGCCAUCCAGAGCAUUUCUCGCUGGGAACUUGUCCAAGCUGCACUCCCGCAUGUGCUGCACUGCACCGCAACAUUGCUCUCCAACCGAAACAAGCUAGGACAUCAGGAUAAGCUUGGAGUAGCUGAAACAAAGCUUCUUCACACUCUUCACUGGAUGCUGCUGGAGGCCCCUCAGGACUGCAGCAAUGACCGAUUUGGAGGAGACAGAGGCUCUAGUUGGGGAGGGAGCGGUAGUGCCUUUAUCCACCAGGCUGAAAACCAAGGAUCACCAGGACAUCCCCGGCCCAGCACCACGAGUGAUGAGGAGGAGAAUAACACAAGGAAGUUCUUCCAGAACUCAAUGGCCACAGUGGAGCUCUUUGUGUUUCUCUUUGCUCCCCUUGUCCACAGGAUUAAAGAGUCUGACCUGACAUUUCGGUUGGCUAGUGGCCUUGUUAUUUGGCAGCCUAUGUGGGAACACAGGCAGCCCGAAGUUUCUGCCUUCAACGCCCUUGUAAAACCAAUCAGGAACAUCGUUACAGCUAAGAGAAGUUCUCCCACCAACAAUCAGAGUGUGACUUGUGAAUCCCCUAAUCUGGACAGUGGACAUACUGAGGGACUACAGGUGGUCUGUGAGACAACCCAGCCAGAUUCUGUACCUCCAAAGACCACUGUCUCAGCCUGUCAUCGUGGAAAUUCCUUGGAUGGAAGCGUAUCCUCCCAAACCUCUCAGGAGAGGGGUACCACACAUCCCAGGGUGUCCUUGGUGAUCCCACCGUGCCAGAAGUCUCGCUAUGCCACAUACUUUGAUGUGGCAGUGCUGCGCUGCCUGCUGCAGCCACAUUGGUCCGAGGAGGGCACACAGUGGUCACUAAUGUACUACCUGCAGAGGCUGAGGCAUAUGCUACAGGAAAAGCCGGAGAAACCACCUGAGCCAGAGAUCACCCCUUUGCCAAGACCUCGCAGCAGCUCUAUGGUGGCUGCUGCACCCUCUCUGGUGAAUACCCACAAAACUCAGGAUCUUACAAUGAAAUGUAAUGAGGAAGAAAAAUCACUAAGCACAGAGGCAUUUUCCAAGGUUUCACUGACCAACUUGCGUAGACCAGCAGUUCCAGAUCUCUCCACAGACCUGGGGAUGAACAUCUUCAAAAAGUUUAAGAGCCGCAAAGAGGACAGGGAGCGUGAGCGCAAAGGGUCAAUUCCUUUCCACCAUACUGGGAAGAAGCGGCAGCGAAGGAUGGGGGUGCCCUUCCUCCUCCAUGAGGACCAUUUGGAUGUCUCACCCACUCGCAGCACUUUCUCCUUCGGCAGUUUCUCUGGAAUUGGAGAGGACCGGCGUGGCAUUGAGAGAGGAGGAUGGCAAACCACGAUAUUAGGAAGGUUUACCAGACGGGGGAGCUCUGACACAGCAACGGAGAUGGAGAGCCUGAGCGCUAGGCAUUCACACUCUCAUCACACGCUGGUCUCUGAUCUGCCUGACCACUCAAACAGCCAUGGAGAGAACACAGUCAAAGAAGUGCGGUCCCAGAUCUCUACCAUCACUGUGGCAACCUUCAACACUACCUUGGCCUCAUUCAAUGUGGGCUAUGCAGAUUUCUUCAGCGAGCACAUGAGGAAGCUUUGCAACCAGGUGCCAAUCCCUGAGAUGCCCCAUGAGCCGCUUGCAUGUGCCAACCUCCCACGGAGCCUGACAGACUCCUGCAUCAAUUACAGUUGCCUGGAGGAUACGGAUCACGUUGAUGGAACCAACAACUUCGUCCACAAGAACGGCAUGCUGGAUCUCUCGGUGGUCCUGAAGGCUGUUUACUUGGUCCUGAACCAUGACAUCAGUUCCCGGAUUUGCGAUGUGGCACUGAACAUUGUGGAGUGCUUACUUCAGCUUGGUGUGGUACCCUGUGUAGAGAAGGUUCGGAGGAAGAGUGAGAACAAAGAAAAUGAGGUCCCGGAAAAGAGACCAAGUGAUGGAUCCUUCCAGCUCAAAGGGGCUGCUUCUGUUGGUUCAGCCUGUGGAUUUGGGCCUCCUCCAGUUAGUGGAGAUGGAGAUGGAGGAGAAGAAGGAGGUGGUGGAGGAGGUGGAAGUGAUGGAGGUGGUGGUGGUGGAGGAGGGCCGUAUGAGAAGAAUGACAAAAAACAAGAAAAGGAUGAAGGCCCAUCUGUCAGCACCCAUAGGCUGGCACUCACAAUGCUGAUCAAAAUUGUGAAGUCCCUGGGUUGUGCCUAUGGUUGUGGAGAAGGACACCGAGGGCUCUCUGGAGAUCGCCUGAGACACCAGGUAUUCCGGGAGAAUGCUCAGAACUGCCUCACAAAGCUGUACAAACUGGAUAAGAUGCAGUUCCGGCAGACCAUGAGGGAUUAUGUGAACAGGGAUUCUCUCAAUAAUGUGGUGGAUUUCCUGCAUGCUUUACUGGGAUUCUGCAUGGAGCCAGUCACUGACAACAAGGCUGGAUUUGGGAAUAACUUCACCACAGUGGACAACAAGUCUACAGCCCAGAGUGUAGAAGGUAUUAUUGUCAGUGCCAUGUUCAAGUCAUUGAUCACUCGCUGUGCUUCCACUACACAUGAGCUGCACAGCCCGGAAAACCUGGGCUUGUACUGUGAUAUCCGACAGCUGGUCCAGUUUAUCAAGGAGGCUCAUGGGAAUGUAUUUCGGAGAGUGGCACUCAGUGCCCUCUUAGACAGCGCUGAAAAGUUAAUACCAGGAAAAAAAACAGAGGAAACGGAGCAAGAGCCAAAACCUUCUGGGAGCAAAAGAUCCGAGGUGGGAAGUGUCAUCAUUGACAAAGGCCAGGCAUCAGCUGCCCCUGAUGAAUGCCGUAGUUACAUCUCAAGCCGCCCAAUGCAAACUCCAGAACAUGAUGAGCAAAUCCAAGGGGCCGUUCUGGGACGCAAGGACUUCUGGCGAAAGAUGUUCAAGUCACAGAGUGCAGCGAGUGAUACCAGUAGUCAGUCUGAGCAGGACACAUCCGAGUGCACCACUGCUCACUCUGGGACCACCACAGACAGGCGAUCCCGCUCCCGUUCCCGACGAAUCUCCCUUCGAAAGAAACUCAAACUCCCCAUAGGUAAAUGGAACUGGCUGAAGCGCUCCUCCCUCUCUGGUCUGGCUGACGGGGUGGAAGAUCUCCUAGAUAUCAGCUCUGUCGACCGUCUGUCUUUCAUCAGGCAGAGUUCCAAGGUGAAGUUUACCAGCGCAGUGAAGCUGUCAGAAGGAGGGGGGCCAGGAGGUGGCCUGGACAACGGGCGAGAUGAAGAGGAGAAUUUCUUCAAGCGUCUUGGUAAAUGGCGCACCUGCCGAAGACACCCAUCCAAGCUUCAUCACACAGAAGAAAAAGAUGGUUGCCAUAGCUUUGAUGAUCACUUGACCUCCAACCAAGAGGGAGGAAAAUCCAAGAAUGUUGUGAACCUGGGAGCAAUCCGCCAAGGCAUGAAGCGCUUUCAGUUUCUCCUGAACUGCUGUGAACCAGGCACUAUCCCUGAUGCCUCCAUUUUGGCAGCAGCCCUAGAUCUUGAAGCUCCUGUAGUGGCAAGAGCAGCCCUGUUCCUCGAAUGUGCACGCUUUGUUCACCGCUGUAAUCGUGGCAACUGGCCCGAGUGGAUGAAAGGCCACCACGUGAACAUUACUAAGAAAGGCCUGUCCCGCGGACGUUCUCCCAUUGUGGGCAACAAAAGGAACCAGAAGCUGCAAUGGAAUGCAGCUAAGCUCUUCUACCAGUGGGGAGAUGCAAUCGGUGUCCGCCUCAACGAGCUGUGCCAUGCUGAGAGUGAGAGCCCUGCCAACCUGCUGGGCCUCAUUUAUGAUGAGGAGACCAAGAGGCGCCUCAGAAAGGAGGAUGAGGAAGAAGACUUUUUAGAUGACAGUAAGGAGACUCCCUUUACUACAAGAACCCCCGCUUGCACUGUGAAUCCUACCAAAUGUUGUUGUCCUUUUGCACUGAAAAUGGCAGCCUGUCAGCUUCUCCUGGAGAUAACCACUUUCCUUCGAGAGACCUUUCCCUACAUGCCCAGGCCACGUACUGAGCCUCUUGUGGAUCUGGAGACCUGCAGGCUGCGUCUGGAUCCUGAGAUGGACCGGCACAGGUAUGAAAGAAAGAUCAGCUUUGCUGGGGUUCUGGAUGAAAAUGAAGAUUCAAAGGAUUCCCUGCACAGUAGCAGCCAUACCCUCAAAUCUGAGGCUGGCUUCGAGGAGAAAAAAGUUCCCAGCAGGAAGAUCAGGAUAGGAGGCUCCCGCUUGCUCCAGAUUAAAGGAACCCGCAGUUUCCGGGUGAAGAAGGGGGGUUCCCUUUCCAGCAUUCGCCGGGCCGGCAGCCUAAAGAGCACCAAGUUAUCACGGCAGGACUCAGAGUCUGAGAAUGAGGAGCUGCAGCUGUCCCACAGCAGGGACACUGUCACUGAUAUAGAAGGGAGCCCUUGGAGCGCGAGCGAACCUAGCAUUGAGCCCGAGGUGCUGAGCAACACAGGCACGGAGGAGAACUAUCAUCGGAACAUGUCAUGGCUGCAUGUUAUGAUCCUAUUAUGCAACCAGCAAAGUUUCAUAUGUACCCACAUUGACUACUGUCACCCACACUGCUACCUCCAUCACAGCCGGUCCUGUGCUCGCCUUGUCCGGGCCAUCAAACUCCUGUAUGGAGACACAGUGGACUCUCUGCGAGAAAACAACACAUUGAACAGUGUGGCAAGAGGCAAAAAACAAAAGGAAUGCUCAGACAAGUCAUGCUUGAGAACUCCUUCUCUAAAAAAGAGAGUGAUCGAUAUCAACUUGGAAGGGAAGAAGGACUCUGGAAUGCUAAAAUACAUCAGACACCAGGUAAUGAGCCUCUCCCCUGCACCUUUGUCACUGCUAAUCAAGGCAGCUCCUAUCCUCACAGAAGAGAUGUAUGGGGACAUCCAGCCAGCAGCGUGGGAGCUCCUGCUCAGUGUGGAUGAGCAUAUGGCUGGAGCAGCAGCUGCCAUGUUCCUGCUGUGUGCUGUGAAAGUGCCAGAGGCUGUUUCUGACAUGCUGAUGUCUGAAUUUCAUCACCCAGAGACAGUGCAAAGACUGAACGCCAUUCUCAAAUUUCACACGCUCUGGAGAUUUAGGUAUCAAGUCUGGCCAAGGAUGGAAGAGGGAGCACAGCAGAUCUUUAAGAUCCCUCCUCCAAGUAUAAACUUCACUCUACCUUCUCCUGUCCUGGGGAUGCCAUCUGUGCCAAUGUUUGACCCCCCCUGGGUCCCUCAGUGCAGUGGGAGUGUGCAAGAUCCUAUAAAUGAAGAUCAGUCGAAGUCAUUUUCAGCCAGAGCUGUGUCGCGUUCCCAUCAGCGAGCAGAGCACAUCCUGAAGAACCUGCAGCAGGAGGAAGAGAAGAAACGCCUGGGCCGGGAAGCCAGUCUCAUCACAGCCAUCCCCAUCACUCAGGAGGCCUGCUACGAGCCAACCUGCACACCAAGCUCAGAGCAGGAAGAAGAAGUAGAAGAAGUUGCCAACCUGGCCUCCCGCCGUCUCUCUGUGAGUCCUUCCUGUACCUCCAGUACUUCUCAUAGGAACUAUUCUUUCCGCCGUGGCUCUGUCUGGUCAGUGCGGUCAGCAGUUAGUGCAGAAGAUGAAGAACACACUACAGAGCAUACUCCAAACCAUCAUGUGCCACAACCACCUCAGGCUGUGUUUCCCGCAUGCAUCUGUGCAGCAGUGCUCCCCAUUGUCCAUUUGAUGGAAGAUGGAGAAGUCCGGGAGGAUGGAGUAGCGGUAAGUGCUGUUGCUCAGCAGGUCCUAUGGAACUGCUUAAUUGAAGACCCCUCUACAGUUCUGCGCCAUUUCCUCGAGAAGCUCACAAUCAGCAACCGACAGGAUGAGCUGAUGUAUAUGUUAAGGAAGCUUUUGUUGAACAUUGGAGACUUCCCUGCCCAGACAUCUCAUAUCCUCUUUAACUACUUGGUAGGACUGAUCAUGUAUUUUGUACGCACUCCAUGUGAGUGGGGCAUGGAUGCCAUUUCUGCCACACUUACCUUCCUUUGGGAAGUGGUGGGUUAUGUAGAAGGACUCUUCUUCAAGGAUCUCAAGCAGACUAUGAAGAAGGAACAAUGUGAAGUGAAGCUGCUGGUGACUGCCUCAAUGCCAGGCACAAAAACCCUUGUUGUGCAUGGACAGAAUGAAUGUGACAUCCCAACUCAGUUACCAGUCCAUGAGGACACACAGUUUGAGGCUCUUCUGAAGGAGUGUUUGGAGUUUUUUAACAUACCUGAAACACAGUCGUCUCAUUACUUUUUAAUGGAUAAGCGAUGGAAUCUUAUUCAUUACAGCAAGACCUACGUCCGUGACAUUUAUCCUUUCCGGAGGUCAGUUUCUCCCCAGCUCAACCUGGUGCAGAUGCAUCCAGAAAAGGGUCAAGAGCUCAUUCAGAAGCAGGUAUUCACCCGCAAGCUAGAAGAGGUGGGGCGGGUGUUGUUUCUUAUAUCACUGACACAGAAAAUCCCUACUGCGCACAAGCAGUCCCAUGUAUCUAUGCUCCAGGAGGACCUCCUCCGUUUGCCUUCAUUUCCCCGAAGUGCCAUUGAUGCUGAGUUCUCACUCUUCAAUGAUCCCCAAGCUGGGAAAGAGCUCUUUGGUCUGGACACUCUUCAGAAAAGCUUGUGGAUUAAGCUGCUGGAGGAGAUGUUCCUUGGCAUGCCCAGCGAGUUCCCCUGGGGAGAUGAGAUCAUGCUGUUCUUGAACGUCUUCAACGGUGCCCUUAUCCUGCACCCUGAGGACAGUGCCUUGUUGAGGCAGUACGCUGCCACAGUCAUCAACACAGCUGUGCAUUUUAACCACCUCUUCUCCCUCAGUGGGUACCAGUGGGUCCUCCCCAGCAUGUUGCAGGUAUACGCUGACUAUGAAAGCAACCCACAGUUACGCCAAGCAAUUGAGUUUGCAUGCCGCCAGUUCUACAUUCUGCAUCGCAAGCCCUUUAUUCUGCAGCUGUUUGCAAGUGUGGCCCCUCUCCUGGAGUUCCCUGAUGCUACAAACAAUGGAACCAGCAAAGGAGUAUCAGCUCAGUGCCUGUUUGACCUGCUGCAGUCUUUAGAGGGAGAUACUCCAGACAUUUUGGACAUCUUAGAGCUGGUGAAAGCAGAAAAGCCUCUCAAGUCAUUAGACUUCUGCUAUGGGAAUGAAGACUUGACCUUUUCGAUCAGUGAAGCCAUCAAACUGUGUGUGACAGUGGUGGCCUACGCUCCUGAAUCAUUCAGAAGCCUCCAGAUGCUGAUGGUCUUGGAAGCGCUGGUUCCCUGUUACCUGCAGAAACUGAAACGACAAACCUCUCAAGUGGAGACUGUGACAGCAGCUCGUGAGGAGAUUGCUGCUAUGGCUGCCCUUGCCACCUCUUUGCAGGCCCUCUUGUACAGUGUAGAAGUUCUCACCAGGCCUAUGACAGCCCCACAGAUGAGUCGAUGUGACCAAGGCCAUAAAGGGACCACAACAGCAAACCAUAACAUGUCAGCAGGUGUGAACACCAGGUACCCAGAACAGGGAGCCAAACUACACUUUAUCAGGGAGAACCUUCACUUACUGGAGGAGGGCCAGGGUCUUCCCCGAGAGGAGCUGGAUGAACGAAUUGCCAGAGAGGAGUUCAGGAGACCGCGGGAGUCAUUGCUGAAUAUCUGCACAGAGUUUUACAAGCACUGUGGUCCGAGGCUAAAGAUUUUGCAGAAUCUGGCUGGUGAGCCCCGAGUGACUUCUCUGGAGCUGCUCGAUGUGAAGUCCCACAUGAGAUUGGCAGAAAUCGCACAUUCCCUGCUGAAACUGGCACCUUAUGACACGCAGACAAUGGAAAGCCGAGGUCUCCGGCGCUACAUCAUGGAGAUGCUGCCCAUCACUGACUGGACAGCUGAGGCGGUGAGACCUGCCCUUAUCCUCAUCUUAAAGAGAUUGGAUCGUAUGUUCAAUAAAAUUCACAAGAUGCCUACUCUGAGGCGCCAGGUUGAGUGGGAGCCUGCCAGCAAUUUGAUUGAAGGGGUUUGUUUGACACUUCAGAGGCAGCCAAUCAUAUCCUUCCUGCCUCACCUUAGGUCUCUGAUCAAUGUGUGUGUCAAUCUGGUGAUGGGAGUGGUAGGACCCUCCAGUGUGGCUGACGGAUUACCCCUUCUUCAUCUCAGCCCUUAUCUCUCGCCACCUCUGCCCUUCAGCACAGCUGUUGUCCGGCUUGUAGCAUUGCAGAUACAGGCUUUGAAAGAAGAUUUCCCCCUAAGCCAUGUCGUCUCCCCAUUCACCAAUCAGGAAAGAAGGGAAGGAAUGCUUUUAAACCUACUGAUUCCAUUUGUGCUCACAGUAGGAUCUGGAAGCAAAGACAGCCCCUGGCUGGAGCAGCCUGAGGUCCUGCUGCUGCUCCAGACUGUUAUCAAUAUCCUCCUGCCACCUCGCAUCAUCAGCACUUCCCGCAGCAAGAAUUUUAUGCUGGAGAGCUCCCCUGCCCAUUGCUCCACCCCAGGGGAUGCGGGGAAGGACUUGCGGCGGGAAGGUCUCGCAGAGUCCACCAGCCAGGCUGCCUACCUGGCCCUGAAGGUGAUCCUUGUUUGCUUUGAACGCCAACUGGACAGCCAGUGGUACUGGCUGAGCCUGCAAGUCAAAGAGAUGGCACUGCGGAAGGUGGGAGGGCUGGCCCUGUGGGAUUUCCUCGACUUUAUCGUACGAACACGGAUCCCUAUCUUUGUGCUCCUUCGGCCCUUCAUCCAGUGCAAGCUGCUGGCCCAGCCGGCUGAGAACCAUGAGGAGCUGACUGCCCGACAGCACAUUGCUGACCAGCUGGAGAGACGGUUCAUACCGCGCCCGCUCUGCAAGAGCUCCCUCAUUGCUGAAUUCAAUAACGAGCUGAAGAUCCUGAAGGAGGCAGUGCACAGCGGGUCUGCUUACCAAGGGAAGACAUCUGUCAGCACUGUGGGCACCUCCACCUCUGCUUACCGCCUGAGCCUGGCCACCAUGUCCCGCUCCAACACAGGCACUGGCACAGUCUGGGAGCAGGACAGCGAGCCUUCCCAGCAGGCUUCGCAGGACACGCUGAGCCGCACAGAUGAGGAGGAUGAAGAAAAUGACUCCUUGAGCAUGCCCAGUGUGGUAAGUGAACAAGAAGCAUACCUUAUGGGUGCCAUUGGGAGGAGGCGGUUCUCCAGCCAUCUCUCCAGCGUGUCUGCACCUCAGGCUGAGGUGGGCAUGUUACCCAGCCAAAGUGAACCUAAUGUCCUCGAUGACUCCCCGAGCCUGGCCACUGAGGGCAGCCUCUCUAGGGUGGCAAGCGUGCAGAGCGAGCCAGGACAGCAGAACCUUCUUCUGCAGCAGCCCCUGGGGCGGAAGAGAGGCCUACGGCAGCUUCGGCGACCACUGCUAUCACGUCAGAAAACUCAAACUGAACCUCGUAGCCGUCAUGGAGCUCGACUUUCAACCACACGGCGGAGCAUCCAGCCAAAACCAAAACCUAGCGCGGAGCAGAAGCGGUCGGUGACUUUCACUGAAGCCCAGCCUGAGGCAACAACAGUCUCCUCAGGGGACCCGUCGACUCCAGCAGCCCAGCAGCAGGGCAGCAGCCCCCAAGCGACCAGCAAGCAGGAGCCGCUAAGUAAACCUGUGCUGACUUCCUCACCUGCCAUUGUUGUAGCUGAUCUCCACAGCCAGACCACUGGCCAGAGCGAGGCACUUUCUGCUGAGAAGGAAAAGGAAAAGGAAAAAGAGGAGGGCUUGGAGUCCCGGCCAACAACAGCACAAAGCACCCCACCCACACAGCUUUCUGACACCGAGGACUACGCUGGCCUUGAGACCACCAGCUUGUUGCAGCACAGGGACACUGUCCUUCACAUCAGUGAGGACAAUGGGAUGGAGAACCCCUUGCUGGCCACUCACUUCAGCUUCACGCACGUGGAGCUUGGGGAGACUGAUGUCGAUCUAGAUGAAUCUCACGUUUAACGCUUGGGGAAGUGCAGUAGUGGGAGGAGGAAGAGAAAAGCGUACCUUCUCCUCUAAGUUCCCUGGUAACUAGUAACUAAUUAAAACAAGAGCACUUUAUUAACUGAAAGCAGAAAAUAGCUAACAGCUGGUUGCUAUAGACUGGCAAAUUCCUGUUUGUGAAAUCUAUUUCAGUUCAGGGCAAGACCACAGGAACAGAGAAUUUUUACAAAAUUCUCAGGGUAUGGGUGUGUGGGCAAAUAUGUGGUCCAUAAAACCUUCAUCCGGUAGCCAUGUACUGUCAUCAGCAGCCUUGCUGGGUAAGGGGGCUGUUCUACUGCAUGAGAGAGAGAAGAGAAGCCUCUUCUGAGAUUGUGCCCAAGAUUUAUUUUUGUAGCGUUUUUGAGAGGAGGGCUAUAUAGUAGCUGAAUCCAAGGCCCUUACACCUUAGUACUGAUAGUGAAAACACUGACCAAAAGUACCAAUCUAAAGCUUGAUUUUCACAAGCCUGGGACCGUUGUUUCUAACUUGCAGAGCAAUGAUAAGUACCAUGGAGCAAUUAGACUUUUUUUUUUUUUGGCACUGCAGACUUUUUAGUUCUAGAGAUUACUUUUGUCUGUUGGUUUCAUUCCAUUCUGUAAGAUAUUGCCCUUGUUCUACAAAAAUAUUUGCUCUGUAAAACUAAAUACAGUACAUACCAUAAGAAGGAGUGCAUGUGCUGUGCACAGAUAUAGAUGGGCAGGGGGCGAGUGGUCUGCAGAUGGUAUAAAUAGCCCACACUGUCCUGCUUAAAUAUACUGAGUAAUUCAUCUCCACAGCUUAAAAAAAAACCCAAGAAACCGCAUCUGGAAUGUGUGGACCUUCUGGUACCUAGCAACCGCUCCACUGAUGCUGUCGUAUGUACUUACAUAUAGGGAUUUAAAGUAAAUAUUUAUAUAUGGUAUUUUCAUGUUCCUAUAUAUAUAAAUAUAUAUGUACAUUGUAAACAAAAGACGGAUAUUGCAGGGCAGAAACUUGAUGAAAGAAUCUAUUUUUGGCACGUUGAGAUUGUAUUUAAAAAGGUUCCAUUUUAUGUAUGUAAUGCUCAUGGCUGCAAGUAUUAGAGAGAGAGAGAGAGAGAGAGAUGUAACAUUUAUAUGUAGGUGGAGAUCCCCAUAGGGGAUCAGCUGAAGUCACAGCUGAGUUAUGGGCUAUGCUGCAGCAUCAUGGAAUUACACUGAAAUGUGACUUUAGCCAUUAGCCGCUUAUGGGCAAACUGCAAAACAGCUGUGAAACAAACCAUGAAAUCAUAAGCAACGCCCAAAGUUACCCUGUGCUUUGGGAAUCAUACACUGCCUUUUUCAGCUUAUGUUAGAAGAACUAGAGUUUAUAAUCAUGGCAUUAUUGUGCUGGGGAAAAUGUUCUAGCUCAUCCUGAGAGUCUGUAAAAUGUGCUAAUUACCAGUUUGGCUCCCGAGGGCUUGUAAUUUGGACGCACGCAUCAUAAAACAGCCUUACUGAGGAGACAGAACGAUAUCCUCCUAUCCGUCUCCCAAGAAAGGACUCGCAUCUCUCUUCAACAGCUCUGAAAUAGCUGUUUAAAAUACUGCCAUACAAACAACUGCCUCGCUGCUGUAGUGCAGCAUGCGGUUUUUACUGUUGCGUGGAAAAUUAACCAUAUACCUGACAGCAGGUUUCAGCCUGCUGAAACCCAUGGAGCCUUCGGGCUGUGCUGCCUGGUAUUUGCCAAAUGUUCACAUUUGCGGGAGCUGUGCACACCGAUUUGAGGGGGGAACUCGGGCACGUUAAACCUCUGAAGAUAGCAAAAGCCAUCCUUCUCCCAGGCUCGUGGGUGUUGAGCAUGCUCUGCCACCACCAUGUUGGUGAGAGAUGGAGACUCUCAGCACCUCUUGGGAAAAGCAAGGCUGAAAAGGCAACAGUUUUGGUAGUGCACCGCCAUAUAUAUAUAGGUGGUGCACUAAUGCACCUUUAAAGUGUACAUGGUUUUGUAAGAGGGAUGGUUGGGUGAAGAUGGCAGCAUCUCGGUCUGCUGCUCAAUGGGCGUCCUGAAUGACAAACCGCUUACUCUGCUGACCAACAACAUGCUGUACCGCUUCUUAUCUCCUCAGCGCACGGGAGCCAGUGCCAGCUACCUAUAGAAGACUGCUUUGGAUUAGCUCCUAGCUUGGAGGUCACUCAAAGAAUUGCUAAAUUCCAGAUGCUAAGUUUUAUUAUUAAGAGUGAUGCACAAAUGAGGAAAAGCUUCACUUUCAAAUCCUGAGGUAGGCUGGGUCACUGGUAGUCAGGUGGGGGAGGAGAGGUUUAGAUGCGAGCUGAGUAAAUGGCUUGGAUACAACACAUAGAGAAUUUGUGGCACAUUUUAUAGAGUGACCUUUUCUGCUGAAAAUGGGAAGGAAGCGUCUUCCCUGAUGAAAAGUCGAUGCCUCACCAUGGUACUCCACUCUAACGAUGACAAAAUAGCUGUGAUUUACUUCAUUUAAUUCAAUAUAUGUAAUAAAUGUUUCCAUUCAGGUUUCCCAUGGUCACCAGUGAACCCACAGUAGUAAGCCAUAGCAAGGACUAAAAUGCCUCUUUUUAAUGUCUACCCUGCUAGAAAUCAAUGCAGCUUAUAAAUGAUGUAAUCCGUAAUUUAGUUUAUUCAGGUGGCUGGCAGAUGGCGUUGAUUUUGUUGGAUGGUUGUUGAGAGAUGGACAAACAGGCAGACCAGUCGGUCUGUUUUCUCAUGUGUUUUACUUUCCUAUCGGUUGCACUUAAUACUGCACUAAUGAGGUGCAUACAAGGUACUUUAGCUGGUUUUGUGCUUUCCUCCACUAUCUCAUGUAACAGAACUGGUGUAUUUCUGCUGUGAAAACAAACGAUGCUGCUUAAGUAGUGUUAGAGGCCUUAAGCGCAUGUCAUGUUCAACAAAUGUCCAGGCCGCGUGAGUCUUGUCAGCGUGUCAGUCAGUCCCAUUGCCUCAGCAUUUUUAUGCAAACCUUGACUAAAUACAGAGGAGUGAUGGCAAAAGGACAA